AUGUUACUCUUCCCCACGGCAUUGCUCGCAUCGCAAACCAUCCUGCAAGGCGGGAGGACUGAUGCCUUGCCGCAGCCGGCAGACAACGGCGUCGGAAUUCCGCAUCGACAGUUGGACGACUCCGUCUGCCCUGCGCAAACAAAGCACUUUACUGGAUCGAUUGGCCUCGGUCACGGCAAGGAACUUUUCUAUUGGCUAUUUUCGAGCGCCUCCGAUCCUGAACAUGAUCCUCUUCUUGUCUGGCUGACUGGGUGCGCCUUGUUCACGUUCCUGUACUCUGAGAACCCCAUGCUGACAGAUUCCGAACCUGAAAGAGGACCCGGAGGUGCCAGCACCCUAGCUGCCGUUACCGAAGUCGGCCCAUGCUGGGUUAAUACGACCGACAACUCAACUUAUCACAACCCGUAUCACUGGGCCAAGCAUGCCAACCUCCUUAUACUUGAGACGCUCGAGGCGGCCACUGAAGACUUUGUCGACUUCUUGCACCACUUUGUCACCAAAGAGUUCCCAGAGCUCUCCAAAAAUGUGUUGCACAUUGCCGGUGAGUCAUACGGGGGCCGAUGGGCUCCUGCAUUCAUGCACAAGCUAGCAGGUCUAUCCGACGUACAGUCCGCACGAGCAAUUCCCAACCCACUCGGUUCCAUCAUCCUCGUGAACGCGGUUAUCGGCACACUUGGAGCUGAUCUGGCAACGUCCAACUAUGAGUUUGGAUGUACUCCUGAUGGCGUGGCAACGAAGCUGGGCGUCGGCUUCAAUUCCACAGUCUGCUCCAAGAUUCAAGAAGUAGGGCCUCAGUGCGAGGCUUACGGAGCGUUAUGCGAGUCGACUGACAGCAUUGCCAUAUGCAAGGAUGCAUCAGCCUUUUGCGCGGGUGGUACAAUGGUAAGAUAA